CUGAAAUAGUUCAAAAUAUAUUCCAUAUGUUCCCGUAUGAUUUUAAAUAGACAAUUUCCGUAGUUUAUUCAAGUUUUCUCCUUUUUUUAAUUUUUUUUUAGUUUACUCUCGCUAUAAGUCAAGAUGAUGGAUGAUGAGGAUGAGGAUGUAACCGAGGAUACUAAAGAUGUUAAGAAGGUAAAAGAAGAAGAGGAGGAAGAUUUAGGGCCAGAUGGAAGCCAAGAUCUACUCGUGCCAGAUGAAGAGAUCCAACAGGAAUACGACCUAGUAUGGGAAAAGGAAGAAGAAGGUGAAACUGGCGGAGGAACGGACGAAGACGAGAAAAGUGAACUGUCCGACGAAUCUGAAGAACUUUCCGAUAAAUCAAGUGAAAAGGAAUCCAUAGAAAGCGACACACAUGUCACCACGUACCAACUGGCUCCCAAUGUCCAGUUCGUCCCGACCCAAGUUCAAGAGAUACUGGACUUCGCCGUACCACUGUAUUUCAGCGGUAUUAAGUACGACCCAGAUCUCUGUGUCAAGAUGUGCCGGAAGCUCUCCUCGUACGUCUUGAGGAAGGUGUACAGGCUUAGAAUGGACAGGAGAAAAAUAAUCGUCAUCGUCAGAUGUCAUGAGAAAAACUGGCAGUCUGAAAGAGCUAUCUACAGAUUUCUCUGGGAUCAGCAUUCAGACGGACACGCUAAUUUCACCCUGGAUCUUCAAGACAUGAUUAUAAGCGCAAUUGUUCUUGUUCUUUACGUGGACUAAACAUGGUUAAAACCUGUGAUCGAAAGGAUGUCUUCUCCCUUACACACAUUUUUACAACCUAAAUAUUAGCCUGUGAAAGUACGCGGUGUCUCUUUGAUUUCCGGUGGACGUCCUUGUGUCAUAUUAAGUAAACGGUUUUUGAGUACUUUGUCCUCCUAAAAAAACAAAACUAAGUUGCACAAUUCA